UUCCGCUUGGGGCGCCUUGUUGUUGUCAUGGCGGCGUUUCAAACUAUGAAUCUCAGACACAAAAGUAAAAAGAUAAUCAUGUUAUAACUGCUAGUUUAUUUAUUAUUUUGUUACUUCAUACGUUUGCGGUAACGAUACGAUUUUACAAGAUAAACUUUUAAGAGUUUCUGAGAAAGUCAACCUUAUUAGUUUGUUAUUAACCUUUAGCUACCAACUAGAAUUUGUCGCUAAGGCAAAAAAAACUUUUCCAUGUUAUGAACUCGGAAAAUGAAAUAAUACUUGCUAAUAUUUUUGAAUGUUUUUGCAAUCAUGACGGCGGAAUAUUUCCAGAGUAGUCCCGUGACAAGUCAACAGAAGGAAUGGGUUGUUGUUAACACAGACCGUAAUGUUAAUGAUUCCAGAGAACGAUCUUCAUCAAAGACAGGAUCAAAGUUAUUAUUCAAUGAAGCCAUCCCUGCAAGUACCAGUAAUCGUGCCACUUGUGUUGAUCCCCCAACCUCCAUUGUGAUAGAGAAGCUGUUGCCUUUGCCUGAAGAGCGCACAUUUCAAGAUAACAGCAAAAGCUCCAUCAGCUUCACAGUUUUGUCUGAGGAGCAGCUAAAUGCAGCUGUGAAACUGGCCAAAAGGGACUUGAGACGAAGGUUGCUUGAUUCACUGAACAGAUCUUCCCUUAAACACAUGCAAAAUUCCUCACUCCUAGAGACAAGUGAUGUAGAACUGUUGCAGGAUCUUGGAGCUACACCAAAUAAGAUUCAAUUAAAGGCUUCUAGUCCGAAAGAAACAAAACCUAGAGGUAGAUUGAUAGGGCACAUGUCCCAUAAGUCCCCUACAACCCGUAGGCCAUCACCAACCGGAUCACAUGGUUUACCAGAACACAAUCAUUUAGUCCAUGAAAUACACAAUCUGCAACAUGAGCUUGAAUUUUGCAUCCAGAAAGCUGUGGAGCUUGCCAGCCGAGAGCAGAAAGUGGGGGAACCGCCGGAGCCAGAUGAGCAGAGCAAGCUGGAUAUUCGUAAACAGAAGCAAGCUGCCCGUUCUACAAGUAUUAUCUAUACGCUUCAACAUCAGGUAAAAGAAGUUCAAGAAAAUUUGGAAAAGGCACAUUAUCAGAAAACAAAGUCAACAUCUCUAAAGAGACUUGCAGCAGUGCAUCGAGGUGUUCUCCGAGCUCUGCAUGUUUUCAUUCAGCAACUCUCUGAUACAACUCACUGUACAAAUCUGCCUAAUUUUAAAGAUUUAGGCCAGCUUAUUCGCCAACUGUGUCUGUGCUCUACUAAAGCUGAGUUGAGUGAAGGAUCAGCUGUGCCUCAGUCUGCUCUUGACAUUCUGCAAAAGCUAGAGAUGUUAGAUUCAGCCCUCUAUAAACAAGACAUGCUCAGAAAGAUGCAAGUGCAAGCAUGCCCUCCACCCAGGGAGUCUCACCACAGCACAUCAAUCAGGGCAGCCAGAGGAGCCAAUGCUUUUAUUCACCACACCACUUCUAACUCUGUAAAAGCAGCAAAAAAUGUAAAGGCAGGUAAGAAAAAGGCUGCAAGAAAACCUAAAGCUGUGUCACAUGUUCUGACUCAGAGAAGAGAUGUGCUACGAGCUGGUGUGGAAAAACUUGCCCAGCAGAGGGAGCAAGAGAACAAAGCUGAAGGAAAUUUUAGGAAGACAACUCUGUAUAACGUUGGAGUUAUCUCAAGAAAUAUUCCUAAUCUUAAUAAGGCACACAAUACAAAUUUCCUUCAGCCCACAGUUUCAUCUCGGCUCAGAGAGAACCAGCUCCCCCAGAAAGAGCAGGCUGUACCCUGGAUACCUACAUCACCUCAUGCUCCUCGACAGCAAUUCCUUCAACCCAAAACAAGACCAGAGCCCCGUUGUCUUUUUACUCCUGAAAAGAAUCCUCAGCGCUCAGCCAAAGUCAGGAGCAGGUUCAAAGCAGAGUCAUCUUUAAACUUAGAAAAAAAACAACAGGCCCAGGAAGAAGCAAUGAGGAGAAUAUGGUUGGAUAAAAUGACAAUGCAGAGACUCAAGGAACUUCAACAGCUCAGUGAAGAAGAACCGCACCGCCUCCAGUUAUUAAGGUCUAAAGUGAUCUCGCCAACUCAGUGGGCUGGGGGAGAACAGAAGGCCACUGAGCAUGUACAACCCCUUCUAGAUCAAGCACAGUCUGCAGAAAGUGCAGAGCAGCUGAGUGACGCUCUCCUGGAGGACCUGCUGGAGGACACAGCUCGGGUGGCGUGGGCAGUGCAGACAGACAAACAGUUGGAGGGCAGGGCCCAGCGGAGGAUGCAGUCCAGCACCUUGGAGAAUAUGCUUAUUCGAAUGGAGGAAAUCCAGAGGGACCAGGAAGAAGUGAGGAGGCGAGUUACAUCUAUUAUAUAUUCAGAUCCUCUUAACUUGGACAAACCACAAGACACAGGCAAAGACUCUGGCUCAAGGCCGUCUUCUCCUCAACCAAUUAGACUCACACAACCAGAGCUGAGGCAGAGGCCCUCUGCAGAUAUAAUCCUAGAGAAACCUUUGGAGACAGGAGCCUUCAUAGAGACCAGGUCACCAGAGGAAGAGGGGUCCCAGGUCCGAAGAAGUGCUAUGUUUCCAGUUGCAGUGCAAAGAGGGAGAGGUGCUAUUCUAUCUGUGCCAAGCCACACACUGAGAAACAUACGGCAAUAUCGGGAAGACUAUGAGGCUUACCGGAGCACGGGGGGUAAAAGGAGCUUUGGGGGUGUCACUCCUUGGACUAUUGCAGACAGUCUGGCAGAGGAGCUGUUGGCAGAGGUGGUGACCGAAGUAGCGGCUGAGUUUCAGGAUGUUGUGGAGGAGUACGCUGAGGCCGUCUUCACAUCAGAGUUCCUUCAGCCUGUCCAGUCACCUGCUCCUCCAACCCAGGCAAUAACAUGAUAAUAAGGAUAUUAACUUUGGAUUUUUGCUUCAGGGUUUUGCAAAGACAAUUUUAGCCACUUUAAUUUUCUACAGCAUUAUGAGUCUCAUAAUGGUUUUGUAUGUACUUAUCUCAGUAUUUAAUUUUUUGGUUUGAUUUUAGAUGUUAUUUUGAGGUCAAUGUCACACAGGAAGCAUUAGUCACAUCAGGUGUCUGUCUCUACCUGUAUCUGUGAUGUAAUGGUGAUGAGUUCUGUUUUGUGAGCUGUGAGGGCCCAUUAAAACAUUACUGAGGAUUAUAA